AGCAGCAGCAGUGAGUGUCUUGAUGUGAUUCCUGGGUCCCUGUGCUGAACACAUAUAUACCUGUCCUGUCUGCUUCUGGACCUCUAGGGCACCCAUCUACAUGCUCGCCUCCUAGGGAUGUGGCCCUAUGCUUUCCAGAGUAACGUUGACCUGACUGCAAUGUAUGGAAAGUGUGACAAUUAUGGGAGCAGCGGGGGCAGCAGCAUCAUGGAUACUUCCACUAGUAACCUGGGAAGCUCUAUCACAGCUUGUAAGAAGGUUUUAUGCACCAAUCGACCUUCAGAGUCUUUGGAAUACUGGCUGCAGAACUCCAGGAGCUUGUGUCGGGUCGGCCUGGUAGAAGAAAGGCUAGAAGCAAUCUGCCCGUCUAUUUGUUUUGUCAGUCUCAACAUUGCAGAAGAGGAUUCAAGCAAUCCAGCUUUACAGAAGAAACUGACAGAAGUAUCUCCAGAUCUCCCCAAAUUAAUGAAAUCCGUGAGAGGACAAGAACUGAGGGAAAAUGAAAUUGUCCUGCUGAGUGGGCUAACAUCGGGGAGACUUUGGCCAACCGUUGAGAACCAACAAGUUCAUUGGCCGACUGAUGUCUGCUUGUCGCAGUUUGGGAAGGAUCUCUUUGAGAAAAAUCCUAGCUGCAUAAUCUUGGAACUGAAUAAAUUUAUACUGGGUCUGGAGCUGGCGCAAGAGAGUCACCUGCAGCCUGACGCUUCUCCUCUCCGAGCCGAAGAUGAUACAAACUGCUCGGUAUCAUCUAUAGAAGAAGAUUUCCUGACUGCGUCAGAACAGCUAGAGGAAGACAGUGAAGGUGAAAACAGGAGAGAUGCUCUUGAAGAACUCAAGAAUAAUAUACACAAAGGAGAACAUUUUCAGAUUGAAAAGCUUAAAUGGAUGCAAAACAAAAAAGAAGGCAAAUCAGAAAGUCGUCACACAGAUGGCAAUGUCCUCUUUGAACAGGACAUUGAGUUGGAUAUGACUGGAAUCAAAUUGGAAUCAAAUGCUGAGAAGCUCAUGCAACAAAAAGAGUGUAUUGGAGAGCAUCAUGUAAGAAGACCUUCUCUUCAUACGGGGACCCCAGAUGAUACAGAUUGUAUAAAUAACAUAAACAAAAGUGUUCAUGAGCUGUUCAAGGAAGAAGCACUCAACAAGAAGUCAGAAGACACCAAUAAUCAACAUGUCAAGGAUUGUAAUGCUGAUGACUGUACAGAAUCUUUUGAUGAUCCUGCGACCACAGGUCAGUACGCAACAAACCUGGCGGAGUGUGUCUUACAGGAUGCAUUCAUAAGGCUAUCUCAGUCUGAUACUACUUUCACCAAAGAGGCUGCUGUCAGUAUCUCAGCAAAUGACUCUGUGCUCAAGUCCAAAGUACAGUCUCCAGUUGCCUCUCGCCCAUGGAAUGAGCUUCCCAAAAUUGUGAUAGUACAGAGCCCAGAUAGCUAUGAUAAUCCAACAGAAUGGACUGAUGAUACUCACUGGCAAGAGCAAGAGAAUCCUAUAGAUGUUUUAGAACAUUGGUCAGAUAAGAAUGUAUCUCACGGUCAAACACAUAGCACUUUGGAAGUGGCUUUAGCGUGUGCUGCAUCAGUUAUUGGAACAAUCUCAAGCCCUCACACUGCUGAUAGAUUUAAAAUGGAACAAGGAGAAUAUGAGAACACCGAUGAGAAAGACUCUGGAGAGGAACAGCCUCUAGAAACAGCUACAUUUCCAAGUGUUGUCCUUGGAGAAGAAUAUUCUGUGCCAUCUGCCUUAUGUGGAAUGACUCAAGUGGCAAGCGCUGUAGCUGUUUGUGGUUUAAGUGAACAAAAGCAAGCCCUUUAUCCGUCAACAUCCAACGUAUUGUUGGCAGCAGCUGACACCUCUACAGCAGUGGCGCUACACUGUAGCAUUGCAUUGGGUAGCAGCAUGGAGAAACUCAAAGAUAACAUUGCAAAGGUUCUGCUUAAGGAAGCAGCUUUGGUAUUGACCAGUCCAAACACAUAUAGGAAUGUUGGGGAGUUUAUAGAAUCUAUCAAUGAGAGGCUUCUGAGUAGUGUAAGCUCUUCCAAAUUGACACAUGUGGAUGAUGUUAUUAACCAUGAUUUGGCCCAUAAUUUAUCAGAUGCUAUACUGCGGCAUUCUGCAGAUGAAGCCAGCCAAAGGUUACAAAGUACUGACAGUCAGGCUUGUUCCAAAACACAAGGUGCUUUUGUGGCAACCACCACUGAGCUACUGUUUAAUGUGAUGCAUUUUACCUGCAAGAAGAUGAGCGAUCUUGUGCAGUCGGGGGACUUGCCUUUUGACCUGGAUGAUAAAAGCAAACAUGCAAUCUCAGACAAUGGAGAGGGUCAUCUUGAUCAUUUUCUGAAUUUAUCAAUGGCUCACAGUCCAUUGGAUCAGUGGAAUGGAAGCCAGUCAACAGAGAAAAAUAAUGAACAUAGUGCAGAUAAAUUUCCUAAAUGUGAUAUGGCUGAUGAUAAUACACUUCCAAAAGAAAUGAUUUGCAAUAACAACCAACUAGAAGUGAAUGCAAAAAAAACAUGUAGUAAACAGUACAUGAAAAGGGAAAGUUACAGACGCCGCCAUAAUGAGCACAGAGUUGUCUUAGGCAGGGAAAGCUCUUUUAAUCUAGAUGAGAGUAAAUGUUCUACUGAAGACCAAAGCUCCAUGGAAGGAAUGAUAAAUUCUGGAAGCCAGGAAAAGCUGUGCUAUGAUAUCAGUGUAUCUAAAGACUUUCCAUCAAAUUUAUCAACGUUGAAUAAUUACAUGUUGCAUCCCUCUCAAGCAGCCAUUACACUGAAACUCCCAGCCAAUAAUUACUGCUUGACAGACUUUGCAGAUGAUUUAGCAGAGACUGUUGUCUCUAUGGCCACUGAAAUAGCAGCUGUUUGCCUGGAAAACUCUCACGGCAAACAGCCUUGGUUUUGUGCCUGGGCGAAGGGUAGCGAGUGUCUGAUGACGUCUUGCAGAACAAUGAAAAGGAAAAAAGAUGUGUCAUCUGGUGGAGCAGUAGUCAGAAGGCACCGGCCACCAAGACUUAGUGAAAUUAAAAAGAAGACAGAUGAACAUCCCGAGCUGAAGGAACGACUGAUGAACAGAGUGGUAGACGAGUCCAUCAACCUCGAAGACACCACAGACCCGGUCAGUGCAUUUGCCAAUGAAGUGGCUUCAAAAAUUCUUAAUCUAACGGAGUCAUCAGUGGGAGACACCAUAUGGCAAGGACAAAAUGUGUCAAGAAACAGAUUACACUGUGACAGGUGGAGCAGAGGCAAAGCUUCUAGUUAUGAAAGCAUACCAGAAGAAGAUCUGGAUGCCAAGAAUCUUUUCAACACGUUGGGCCCAGGAAGCCUGUUGGGACAACCAUUUAGUAGAACCAGUUCAGUUUCUAAGCAGUCCAGCUGUGAGAGCAUCACAGAUGAAUUUUCAAGAUUUAUGGUCAACCAAAUGGAAAAUGAGGGAAGGGAGUUUGAACUUUUGUUGGACUACUAUGCUGGAAAAAAUGCAAACAACAUCCUGAACUCAGCAUUGCAACAGGUCUCCAGGAGAAACAGCCACUUGAAUGUGAGAUCAGCCUGCGUCUCCAAGCAGUCUAGUACAGAAAGUAUAACAGAAGAAUUCUACCGAUAUAUGCUAAAGGAAAUAGAUAAGGAAAACAAGGACGUUUUAGGAAGCCGGAAAACUGCAGAAUGGACAAGCAAUCUUAUGCCUCCCUCACCACGCACACCAUUUUGUUUUCGCCAGUCUUCCAUGCCAUGUAACAGAUCUUCAAGUGCACGGUUAACCGUAAAUGCUCCCAUCAAAGCAAACUCUCUAGAUGGCUUCUCGAGAAGUGGUUCUCGUGACUUCCUUCACCUGCAGCCGGUCAGUGCCAUUUCUUCCACAAACCUGUGCAAGUCAGAUUCCUGUCUGUAUCAAAGGUGCCAAACAGAUCAAGCCACAGACCUGUUAAUCCAUGAAACAUGGUCCAACUCCAUUGAGGCGCUAAUGCGCAAGAACAAGAUCAUAACAGAUAGUACUGAUGAUGAUGAUGAGGUAGACCUAUCACCCAAAGGAUCACCAGCACACGUGGACAGUUACGCUAACAAGCUGGCUGCUGACAUUGUUCAAAGUGGAAAAUCUCAGAUUAUCCUUCAGGAUUCCUUUGAUGGCACAACAAAUGGAAAUGUUUAUUGUAAAAGUACACCCCCAGCUCAGUAUAAGCACACUGACAGCUUUGAGACGGUAAACAUAACGACAAAUACAUCUCAUUCUGUCUGCCAGCCUGGCCCAUAUGCUGGCCAGAGGGGGGUCCCGCUGAUACAGAUAGAAACAGACCAAAGGGACACAACAGAAGAAGAUGCGGAAGGGGGCGCUCUGGAAGUUCUCUGCUCCAAAGACUCUUCAGAACAAGAUGUUGAGAGAAUCAUGCCUUCUCCUGCAAGUGUCAGGACUCAGCAGGUACUAAACACUCAGGUUUCACUAAAAGAGAAACCAAAACCUGAUGUCCCCAUCGUUCUGAGCAGCAGUGAGGACAGUACAGGCAGCUGGUCUCAACUUGCAAAUGAAGAGGAAAACCCAGAGGACACCAGCAGCUUCUUGCAGCUUAGUGAAAGAUCCACCAGCAAAGGUAACAGCAGCACAUCCAGCAGCAUGGGAGCCACAGACUUGGAUUAUCUUGAAGUUAUUUCACCCGCCAUUCCUGCUGAUUUAAAAUUAGAAGAAGGACACCCGACCAAAGAAAUCCAGGAGAAUCCUGAUGAAUGCACGUCUGGAUUAUCAGUGGGUACAGCUAGCUGUCAGAUGGAGAUCUGCAUCAUAAACGUUGAUCUGGAGUCUGACCGAUACAAUUCUGAGCUUCGCACAACAUUACAGUGGAUUGCAGCAUCCGAGCUGGGUAUACCUGCUGUCUACUUCAAGAAUUCUCAGGAGCACAGGUUUCAAAAGUUCCUUGAAGUUUCCCGCAUGGUACAAGCUAAAUCCUGGAAAGUGGGAGAUAUUUGGAGUGCCCUGAUUCUUCAUUGCAAGAUGCAGGCACAGGGGAGCAAAGCGUCCCCCAGCUUUUUCGACUGGCUGUUGGAAAUGGGAUAAGUGACCCCAAAUCCAUGCAAACACCAUGGGACAGUGAUGGAUUUCUGUAUUCCGCUCCCCCACUUCAACUUUCAGCGCAAAUAGACUGCAUCUUCCUUUUUGUACAGUGUUGGAUUGACAGAUUGUAUAUUUAGAAUGUAUUAGACCAUGUUUUUUUAGGCAAGUGGGCCAUGCUUAAUAUUUUUCUAGUAUGUAUAAAUAUAUAUGUAUAUAUUGAGUGGAAUGCCUAUAGUAUGGCAGGGAAUUGCGGGCGUAUUUUGAGUAUGUAAUACUGGAGAUUUCAGAGUAUACGGAUUGGUCUUGACAUGGUAUGGAAUUGGCAGUAACUUGCCAUGCACUGUGAGGAGUGAAUCUCUCUGUUUAAUCCAAAUGUUAUAUUAUUGGCGCCAAUCUUUUCCUCGCUUACCUUUCUGCGAGUUUGAACGAAAUAUUCUCACAUUCAAAAGGUUAAUCCAGUCAUAUGUUCAUAAUCCGGUCAAACUAAGGAAUAUGGGUAUAAUUUCAGGAAUAUUUGAAAAAAAGAAA